AUAAUCUGAGGCCCGUAAAUUUCUUGCUUCAGCACUUCAGACCAUUUGCAUUUCGAUUGCUAAAAAUAAAAAUAUUUUGAGCAAAAUGAUGAACCUAUCCAGAGCCGUUGUGCGCAGCUUUGCUACUACCAGCUCCCGUCGUGCAACUGCGACCAGCAAGGAUCAGAUUGAAAAGGGUUACUUUGAAAUCCGUAAGGUGCAGGAGCACUUCCAAAAGAAGGACGGCAAGCCCGUUUUCCUGAAGGGCUCCGCCUUCGAUAGUGUGCUGUACCGCAUCACCAUGGCGCUUGCCCUGGUCGGCAUUGGUGGCAUGGGCAAGCUUUUCUGGGAGCUCAGUGUGCCCCAGAAACAGGAGUAAGGCGCAAGCAGUAUAGUCUAACCUUUAAGCUAAGCCAUUACCUGCAAAUCCGUAAAACCAUCCCCGGCACAUUUGUUGCAGCAAUGUUACCUUAUAUUUCUGUGUUUUGAUAGCAGCUGAGAGCCCACAACACCUCGUUUACAACCAAAUCGAUUGUUGCUUGUGUUAGAAUAAUUAAGUUAAAAGUGUGUCUAAACAUUCGCAAAAGCAUUUCAAGCUUGGAAAUAUAAGAACUUGUCUGUAAAGUAA